AUGCGUAAGAAGGCUAACCCGCAUUCCGGUCAGCAGUGCGUGAGCCCUACGGCUGAGGUUGCAAGAGAAGAACGGCUGUCAAGUCAGGAAGGGGAUCCCCUGGAACUCUGCAGCAGCGCGACCCCAAGGAGAGGAACGAAAACUGCGCGUGAGAGGCCCUGGCAGCUUGCUGUCGUCCUUGCUGGGGCUCACGGGAGACGUAGUCCAAGCGGAGGGACUCGUUCCUGCGGAGGAGGUGCAGGAUUGGCCAGGCUGGUCCCUCUGUCAUCUCCAAAAAGACCCUUCAAAACAAGAAUGCCAUCUCCUCUGGGUACCCCAUACCUAUCCCUCAGAGACUCCAGGUCCACCCUUGAGGAGCCUGAGGCUGCACGGCUCCGUUUCCGGGGUUUCUGCUAUGAGGAGGUUGAAGGACCCCGAGAAGCACUGGUCCAGCUUCGAGAGUUGUGUCACCAGUGGCUGCAGCCUGAAUCAUCCUCCAAAGAUCAGAUGAUAGAGUUGCUGGUUUUGGAACAGUUCCUGGGUGUGUUGCCCCCUGAGAUCCAGGCCUGGGUUCGAGGGCAGCGACCAGGGAGCCCUGAGGAGGCGGCAGCCCUUGUUGAGGAGCUACAGCAUGAUCCUGGGCAGCUGCUGGGUUGGAUCACAGCCCAUAUCCUGAGACCAAAGAUGCUUCCUCUAGUCCAGAAGAUGAAGGAGUCCUCAGGGAGCCACCACAUCUCAGCAGCAACAGCGUCCUCCAAGGCAGGCCCUGCGGAGGCACCACAGGACACCUGGGUAGAGAGAUCUACGCAGAUCAAUUGCAGUGUGAAGGAGGAAAUCAGUGCUGAUGGGCAGGAGAUGGUAUCUCCAAGUGCCCUCCUUCCAGCACAGGACCGUGAGGGACAUCUUGAACAUCAGGAAACAGCCUCCAUAUCCUCCCAAUCAGGAAGGAUCCAGGAGUGGGGCCUGUUGGACUCAUCACAAAAAGAGCUGUGCUGGGGUGUGAUGCAAGAGAAGUAUGACACAGUGCUGUCCCAGGCAAGCCUGCCGCUGCUACAGCCAGAGACACAUGUUGACUCUGAGCUGAGACCAAAACAGGAGAUACCACACAAAGGACCAGAGUCCCUCGGGAGCCAUCCCCCAGAAGUGGGAGCCAUUGCAGAUCAAAGGCUAGUUCAAGCCACUCCAAGUGAAAGACAGAGCCCUUGCAAGGACCCUCCAGGCUUGUCUCCCACACCACUGCUUGAAGCCCCAGAUAGGCCCACGCCUCGGAAGCUGUACAUUUGUGAGCAGUGUGGCCUCAGCUUUGAUUGGAAGUCGGUUUUCAUCAUCCAUCUCCGCACACACAGGAGUGGGCCACGCCUGGAAAGACCAUCACAGGUGGCCUGGGAGCCGGCCAUGCGGCGCUCCUCUAGCCUUCGGGGCUAUGCGUGCGUGGAGUGUGGGCGCAGCUUCAGCUGGAAGUCGCAGCUGGUCAUCCACCGCAAGAGCCACGCAGGUCAGCGGCGCCACUUCUGCCGGGACUGUGGGUGUAGCUUUGACUGGAAGUUUCAGCUGGUCAUUCAUAGAAAGCUUCACCAGCCAGAGGGCCCAUGAGCAGCUGGAGAGGCAUGCUUGGAUGCCUCCAGCCCCUAAUACACCACUUCUGGUAUCCUCUCUAGCCAACAGGAGGUUG